AUGACUAUCAUCACUUCAAUGCAAACUAAAUAUCCACGCUCACCAUUUAAAUUGUUUCUGGAAGCAUCCAGAUCGGAAGACCCUUCAUUUUCCUUGAAAAAUCUCAAAGAUUCGAUAAGAAAUAGUCCACAACAAGAUGGAGAUGAAGUGACUAUGGUCCAAAUCCGAGAACAUCUGAGAAUGGAAGAUUGGGUUGAUAUGAAAAAAGAAGCAGUGGAGAGAUCACUGUACUGUUAUAAAUCCGAUGGACCCUUUUCGUUCAAAACCAAACUUGCCUUUCUCUCCGGAUGUUUCAUAUUCGGAGUCAUUUGUUGUCAAUUGGUUUACAAUUUGUAUCUUGGCCAGGAGCUAUCAUUUGAAACUAGAGUUGUGUUAAUAGCCACCACGUUUGCUUUCCCGUUUUUUGGCACUGUACUUUCGCUUAGGCGAGGAGGCGGUAACAGUGACUGGUUCAACGACGACGAGUACAAUGAGAACUAUAAUUCAAUAAAGGUGUCCGAACUGAAACAACGCCAGCUUAAACUCAUCGAUUGCUACCUGAAUCAAGUGUUACCGAUGGAAGCGGAAAUUGAAGCUAGUCGUUAUCGACAUGACGUUUUAGCAAUGAUCGUUACUGGAGAAUGGAUGUUUUAUACUUUCUUCCAAUUUUGCUAUUCAAUCUAUCAUCUGUCAAACAACUGGUCUAACAAGGAGAUUCGAGAUAUGGACACUAUGGAUGCUGCAAUCUCUGGACACGUGUUUUUAACUCUCAGUAUCUGGCUCAUCAUCUUUUGGCAUGCAUGGAAGAUAGCUAGGCGUACUGUUAAACACACAAAGCAAGCUGACUGUGGAGCAGUCCACUUCUGA